AGCAGAACAGUAAGGCACAAAACCAGCCACGUAAAACGUCGCUGGUAAUUCCUUCUUUGCUCUAUCUUUGCUAACUGCUGUGCGUAUCUCCGGAUCUGUACAACUGGUUUAAUGCAGUGCUUUAGUUCGCUGGAAUUGAUGUGCAUCUCUUUAUCCUGAGUUAUCCUUUAUAGGCGUUGAAGUGCUGGGGUUGCUGGCAGCCAUGGUUGCCCCGGGUGUUAUGACUGGGAUGACAUCCACAGCAAUGCGGCGCUUUUCCUUUGUAUUCUGUGCCCUGUAAAAAGCCCAAACCUGAAACAGUCCCAAAUCCAUCCAACUCCUGGACAUGCUACGAGGGCAAGCAUACUUUCAUAUCAUUUGGAAUGAUUUUAAUUUGGUCCGUACUAAUUGCUGCUGGAUUGCUUUAAAUUGCAACCUCACACCACAUUUUAUUUCAAUUCCUGUGCACCGCAUUUCUGGGACUGGGAUCACACGGGAGAUCUCAGGAAAAGCCCUCAGUGACCCGAUGGUUAGUGGCGCAGAAAUGAGACUGUAUACGAGGAAAUGAUGCGUGGCUGAUGCAAAUCGCUCAGGACGGGCAGCGUGAGUGACAUAAACCGCCCUGCUCUUCCUAGGCGGGAUGAAACUACAAGUCCCAGCAUGCCACAGCCGUAUGUCAUCGCUUCGCGGAGGCCUGGCCACCGUUAGUCCCGAGGGCUCUGUCCCCGCGUUGGAUGCCGGGAGUUGUAGUGCCGAGGAGGCGGGCGGCUGUUUGAAUGCGUGACGUUCAGGGCGCUCUUCCGGGAGCUCGGCCGAGAUUUUCUCCCUUUCAUCGCGAGAUGAGCUGCAUUUCAAACCGGCCAAUCAGAAUGUUGCUAUGGCUCGAACCGGCCAAUGGCAGAGCGAGGGAGCGGGAAAUUUAAAUCCCGCCUGGAGCCGCCGGGGUUAGUGGCAGCGUGCUCGCUGGCUUGGGAGGCAGGAGGGCGGCUUGUGCGCGGAGCCUGCGGCCGAGGCUUUUUUUCUCCUCAUUUGUCUUUUGAACUCUAAUAAGCAAGAUGUCUACUAAUGAGAAUACCAAUACAGCAGCUCGCUUGAACAGAUUCAAAAACAAAGGAAAAGAUACUACAGAAAUGAGAAGGCGGCGUAUUGAAGUCAAUGUAGAGUUGAGGAAAGCUAAGAAAGAUGACCAGAUGCUUAAAAGAAGAAAUGUUAGCACUUUCCCAGAUGAUGCCACUUCUCCCCUUCAGGAAAAUAGGAGCAAUCAGGUUUCUGCACACUGGUCUGUUGAAGAAAUAGUCAAAGGAGUUAAUAGCAAUAAUAUGGAGCUUCAAUUACAGGCUACUCAAGCUGCCAGGAAACUCCUCUCAAGAGAGAAGCAGCCCCCCAUAGACAACAUAAUUCAGGCUGGUUUGAUUCCAAAAUUUGUCUCCUUCUUGAGUAGAGCAGACUGUAGUCCUAUUCAAUUUGAAUCUGCCUGGGCGCUUACCAACAUUGCAUCUGGCACAUCAGAGCAAACCAAGGCGGUAGUAGAUGGUGGGGCUGUUCCAGCCUUUAUUUCACUUCUGGCCUCUCCUCAUGUUCACAUCAGUGAACAAGCUGUGUGGGCAUUAGGAAAUAUUGCAGGGGACGGUUCUAUCUACAGGGAUCUGGUUAUUAAAUUUGGUGCAAUUGAACCACUGCUGACUCUACUAGCUGUUCCUGAUCUCUCUUCUUUGGCUUCUGGAUAUUUACGCAAUGUUACCUGGACCCUCUCAAAUUUGUGUCGUAACAAGAAUCCUGCACCACCCAUAGAAGCUAUUGAGCAGAUUCUUCCAACUCUUGUCCGACUCUUGCAUCACGAUGAUCAUGAGGUGUUAGCAGACACGUGCUGGGCACUCUCCUAUCUAACAGAUGGUUCCAAUGACAGGAUAGAAGUUGUUGUGAAGACUGGAUUGGUGCCACAGCUCGUCAAACUGCUGGGAUGUGGUGAACUGCCAAUAGUGACUCCUUCACUGAGGGCCAUAGGAAAUAUUGUUACUGGUACUGAUGAGCAGACGCAGAUUGUUAUUGAUUCAGGAGCCCUAUCUGUCUUUCCAAGUCUCCUAUCUCAUCAUAAGAACAACAUUCAAAAAGAAGCUGCAUGGACAAUGUCCAACAUCACAGCUGGACGUCAGGACCAGAUUCAGCAAGUUGUGGAUCAUGGCCUUGUGCCUUAUCUCAUUGGUAUUCUGAGGAAGGGAGAUUUCAAAUCUCAAAAAGAAGCUGUGUGGGCUGUGACUAACUACACAAGCGGCGGAACAAUUGACCAGAUUGUGUAUCUUGUUCAGGCUGGUGUUGUUGAACCUCUACUGAAUCUCCUCACUGCUAAAGACAGCAAAACUGUGCUAGUAAUUUUGGAUGCCGUUUCUAAUAUCUUCCUGGCUGCUGAGAAGAUAAAUGAGACUGAGAAACUUUGCCUCAUGAUUGAGGAGUGUGGAGGUCUAGACAAAAUUGAAGCUCUUCAGUCACAUGAAAAUGAGCAGGUGUACAAGGCCUCAGCCACUCUGAUUGAAAAAUAUUUCUCAGCAGAAGAGGAGGAGGACCAGAAUGUUGUACCAGAAUCUACUGCUGCUAGCUAUACUUUCCAAAUUCAGGGUAGUACUCCUGAUACUUUCAACUUCUAGACACUGCAUACACUGCAACCACCUACAAGCCAUUUGGCACACAAAUGGCUGCCACUUCUGUGUCUUAAUAGCCCCUCUUUGUGUUUUUUUUUUUGUGACCUCUAGCACUUUGUCCUACUGAAACAUACUUGAACAGUUCAAAACUGUACAUAUGUGAAUUUUUAACUGUUAAAUUCAUUCUGACAUGCUUGUAAAUACACUUUCUCACUCCUGUCUUCUGGUCUUUUACUGUCUCUGUAUUACCUACUUGCAUUCUUAUGUAAGACAAGCUUCUUUCUAAGUGUGACCCUUUGCUCUGUGUAACAUAUUAAAAUCGAAACACCGAGUAAGCUUUUAAGGAGAAUUCGUUUCAAGUUCAAUAAAGUUUUAACAAUACAUCAAACUGAA